AUUUUACCGGAAGAAAAAUACUAUUAUCUUUGUCGUAGGAAUAUUACGUUUUUAUUAUAUUUAAUUACUAUUUAACAUUUUGAAUUAUAUAAAUCACGAUAUAUAUUAAAUAUUAAUUAGUCUUUGUUAUUUGCAAAAAUCGGUAUCUCACCUGCAUUCCAGCAGCAGUUUAUUAAUUUCGGUUACUAAACGAUUAACUCGUUUUUUAAUAACCCACAUACAAUAUGUCGGACACUGCAGGAUGGUGUCUGAUCGAGAGCGAUCCAGGAGUUUUUACCGAACUCAUUCGAGAAUUAGGUGUCACUGGAGCUCAAGUUGAAGAACUAUGGACGCUAGACAACAGCUUGUUCGACAGUAUUAAACCUGUUCAUGGUUUAAUAUUCUUGUUUCGAUGGAUUGGAGACGAUCAACCGGAUGGUCCUAUCGUGAGGGAUUCAAGGAUAGAGAAAAUUUUUUUUGCUCAACAGGUUAUUAACAACGCUUGUGCAACUCAAGCUAUUUUGAGUGUUUUAUUUAAUUGCCGCCAUCCUAGUAUUGAACUUGGUAGCACAUUGACAGAGUUUAAAGAAUUUUCCCAAAAAUUUGAUGCCAAUUUAAAAGGUUUGGCAUUAAGUAAUUCUCAAAAAAUACGUUCGGUUCACAACUCUUUUGGAAGGAGUGGUUCAAUUUUCGAGUUUGAUGACAGUGCUAAACCUAAGUCUAAGGAUGAAGAGGCAUACCAUUUUGUGGCUAUCGUACCUAUUGAUGGUCGUCUCUAUGAAUUGGACGGAUUGAAAGAAGGACCUAUUGAUUUAGGAUUGAUAAAACCUAAUACUGAUUGGAUUGAAGCUGCAAAACCAUUCAUUGAGAAAAGGAUAAAUAAGUAUAAAGAAGGAGAAGUACAUUUCAACUUGAUGGCUGUUGUUACCGAUAGGAAAUUAAUACUUGAGCGAAGACUGUUAGCUUUACAAACUGAAGACUUGGAUAAGGAUACUAAAUUGGCUCAAGAGAACAGCCUACGCAUGCAAAUCGACGACGAGGAUGAUAAAAUGAAACGUUACAAAAUAGAGAAUGCGCGACGCAAACAUAACUAUUUACCUCUUAUUGUUGAGAUACUAAAACUUUUAGCUAAGGAUGGUAAAUUAGUUCCCUUGUACGAAAGAGCUAAAGCCAAAACUUUAGAGCGAGAAAAGCAGAAAAUGGGUAAAACAUAAUUGGAGUUAUUAGCUUACCGUGCCAAAUUCAUUGUGAACUUAAGAGAAAAUUUGUAUUUGUAUUUUUAUUAUUAUAAAAAAAAAAAAAUAAUAAUAAUUAAAAGUUUUGAAAAAGUUCUUGAUGUUUUAAAUAUUAAAUAUGGUCACGUAUUUUUUCUUUUCGUUUUUAAUUAUUGUUUCAAAAUGAUUUACUCACUAAAGUACAGUGAGCUAUAAACAGUAUGAGUUUUACUUUCUUGCAUUAAUUUUAUUAAUAUUAUUAAAUAUUAUAAUAUAAAAUAUUAUGCUAACUUUAUGAAAAUAUACAUAAGUAAAUAACA